AUGAGUUUCCUGUGGAGGCGAGUCUUUAAUAAACCGCUGUCUUCCAUCGCAGCGGCUCCUCACCUCAGCCGGUCACUCCACAUUGGCCAGCGAGCUUCCCUCACCAAAGCGUUCUCUUCCCGUGACGUGGAGGCGUUCGCUGAGCUGACAGGUGACACCAACCCCCUCCACCUGGAUCCGGCGUACGCCAGCACCACUUCGUUUGAGACACCUAUCGUGCACGGCGUCCUCAUCAACGGCCUGAUCUCGGCCGUGCUCGGCACCAGGAUGCCGGGUCGAGGCUGCAUCUUCUUGUACCAGGAGAUCCGCUUCCCGGCACCACUCUACGUUGGAGAGGAGGUGCUGGCCGAAGCCGAAGUCCGCAAGAUUAAGAUGUCAUUCGCCUUCAUUGCUGUAACGUGCUCUGUUAAGGAUAAAGUGGUGAUGGAGGGUGAGGUGAUGGUGAUGUUGCCUGAGGAGCAGCAGCAGAAGGAGUGAGAGGAGGAGGUGGUCACCCCUCACUGUCUCCUCAAAAUAGUAUUUUGUACACGAGGGACUUUAUUAUUGUUUGUUGCUCAAAGCAAGAAAAACAUGUUUAUAGGCAGAGCAUCUAAUAUUUGUUUCCAGCUCUGCUUUGUUUAUUGUUUUGAAAUCUUUUGUGUGGAGAUAAAAUAAUAAAUGUGUCUUUGAAUUUUUCAAACCUG